AUGUACAUCGGCGGCCUCGGGUCGAUGAGGGCGGCGAGCAGCGAGGAGGCAACGGGCGGCACCGCGUGCCCAGGAGAGCGCUUUUGCGGAGCCAGGGGCGAGGACGAUCGUCUCCUUCAAUCUGUGACUGGAGCUUGCCGCCCUCAGGAGUGCGAUUGGGACGAGAUUAUGCUACCACUGGUUGGUCCAGAGAUCUGGAGGCUGCCAGUGGAAGAGCCCGAGCGGACCCGCAACUGGAUCCGCGGCUGGGUCGACUUCAACUUCUGCCGGGGCGCGGCGCAGGGCAGCACGGGCAUGCGGAGGGCCGGCCUCCGCACGCCGGUGGAGGUGCGCAGCACGCCGCUGGGCACCUGCCUCAAGUUCAUGCCGGCGGGCUCGCGGAAGGCCGGGGUGGGCUUCGACGGGCUCAGCGAAGGAGCCGCUCGCCUUCGCGACCUGCAUCAGAAGUCUCCAGACAGCUCGCAGCGCGACGCCACGGAGUCGGUGGGAGCGCGCAACUCCAAGGACUGGGCCGACCAGAAGGGCAGGCCUCGCGCCAAGGCUCGUGGCUCUAGAUUGGAUCCAGUAAUUGACAGAAUGAGAGGGCCGAACACGAUGGGAGUGAUGGGGAUCAGCGACCACGUGUACGCACUGGGAGUGCGGGGGAUCAGCGACUUCGUGAGCUCGCUGGGAGUGCAGUGGAUCAACGGCGUGCUGAUCGAGCUGGGAGCGCCGUGGAUCAGCGACCAGGUGUCCUUGCUGGGAGUGCGGGGAUCAGCGACCUGA